AACAUGACCCGCUGUGUUGCCUCGACCUUUGCAACCCCGACACUCCUCGGAGCAGAGUUUUUGUCCAUCGAGGCUAAUGUCGUUCCCAACUACAGUUUCGACGUUCCAAAGGGAUGGACAUACUCACAGCCGGCCUUGAACGUUGAGAACGUCACUUUUUGCAACGUCACUGUCACGUACACGCAUCCAGGCCAAAACGAUACCCUGCAUGUUGAAGCGUGGUUGCCCACUGAGGAGAACUACAAUGGACGGCUGCAGGCUCUUGGAGGCUCGGGAUGGACGCCUGGAAGGUAUAUCUUGACAUAUGCGGGAAUGAUCAAUGCCGUUGCCAACGGCUUUGCCUCUGUCACAACCGAUGCCGGAAUUCCUGAAUCCCCAAAUCCCUUGGAUUGGCUUUUGACCAGCCCUGGAAAUCUCAACACCAAUGCUCUGCAAAACUUUGGCCAGAUUUCUCUCAAUGACGAAGCGGUUAUUGCCAAGUCACUGAUCAAGAGUCUCUACGGGAAAGCUCCGUCAUAUUCCUACUGGAACGCCUAUUCACAGGGUGGCCGCCAGGGAAUGAAACUCGCUCAGCAAUACCCUUCUGCCUUUGAUGGCAUCAUCGCAGGUGCACCGGCAAUCAACUGGGCCGAGUUCUACAUCAACUCCAUUUGGCCGAGCUUCUACAUGGAGUUUACCCAGCAGUUCCCUCGUGACUGUGAGCUGAAUGAAAUCACAUCCCUUGCCAUCUCUACUUGUGAUAAGCUGGAUGGCGUUGAGGAUGGUCUCAUCAGCGACGUCGAUGGCUGCCGCAAGAAAUUUGACCCCUUCAAGCAGGUUGGAAAGUCGUUCAACUGCUCAACCACCGGGUCGAAGCUCAAGAUCAGUCACGCGGCCGCGGCGGUUGCCAACGCUUCUUGGAGUGGUCCCCGUUUCUCGAACGGAAAGUUUUUGUAUCAUGGCUACGACAUUGGUGCUGACCUCCCUACUAUCGCCCCGACGAACUGUACGGGUAAAGUGUGUACCAGCGCCGGCCGAGCGAAUGUCGUCUUUGCCUACCAGGCUUUUGUCAAGAAGGACGCUACGGCUACGCUCACCAACAUUACGCACAAGGAGUUUGACACCAUCUACAAAGCUGUCAAGCAGGUCUUUGCUUCGAAUCUCGAGACAAACGAGAUUGAUUUGCGUGAUUUCAGAGAUACGGGAGGCAAACUCAUUACCUAUCACGGACUGGCCGAUCAGAGUAUUUCUCCCGGAGGAACCCUGAGCUACUACAAGCAAGUGUCCGAGUUUGUCGGCAACGUCACUUCCUUCUACAAGUACUACCGCGUCCCUGGUCUCGGACACUGCUGGGGUGGUAACGGUGGCCAACCCGAGGCUCUCUUCUCCCAGCUUCAAGCCUGGGUUGAGAAUGGCACAGAGCCGGAGUAUACGCCCAUUGUUGUGACGAAGCCGGACAACUCGACUCAGCAGCAGAUUUUGUGCCCCUACCCU